GGGGACAGUGACUACAACAACUUCUGCUUUAUUGGGCUGUUGAGCGGGGACGGCGGCGCGUGUCUCUACUGCGCCUGUGCGUUUUCCUUUUCCGUUUCCGUCUCCUUAAGUGGGCCGCCAGGGUUGCUGGACAGCGGUCUCUCGGUUACUUUGGAUUCGCGUCGCUGUGGUGUUUCCGGCGGAAGAAAGGAGCCGCCAGUGUCCCGACUCUGGAAAAGGGGACGGGUUGCUGACAGUCCUGAAGUUGAAGAGAGAGGCGACUUGCACAAAGAAAGACUGACAGUGAGGAUUAAUAUUUGGAUGAUUUCAAGAUGAGCUUCCUGUUGCCCAAGCUGACCAGCAAAAAAGAAGUUGACCAGGUGAUAAAAAGCACUGCAGAGAAAGUGUUGGUUCUCAGGUUUGGGAGAGACGAGGAUGCUGUCUGUCUGCAGCUAGAUGAUAUCCUUUCUAAGACCUCUUCUGACUUGAGUAAAAUGGCUGCUAUAUAUCUGGUAGAUGUGGACCAAACUCCAGUUUAUACACACUAUUUUGACAUCAGUUAUAUUCCAUCUACUGUAUUUUUCUUCAAUGGGCAGCAUAUGAAAGUGGAUUAUGGGUCUCCAGAUCACACUAAGUUUGUGGGAAGUUUCAAAACCAAACAAGACUUCAUAGAUUUGAUUGAAGUGAUUUAUCGAGGAGCAAUGAGGGGAAAACUUAUUGUCCAGAGUCCUAUUGAUCCCAAGAAUAUCCCCAAAUAUGACCUUCUCUAUCAAGACAUUUAGCAUAUUCCUCCUGCCAGAGUUGAAGAGAAAGACACAUCUCGAAGCAGUACCCGAACACAGCUGUGCUGUUUUUCUGGAGUCCUUCGGAAAUAUGCUGUGUCCCAGUGGAGGAGAGGUUUGACUUGUGCCGAAAAUGCCGGCCCCAAACAGAAGACCCUGCCGGGACUGUGAGGAUCUGGGAAGCCUAAGUAUUCACUCCCUGCAAACCUCAGAGCUGUCAAGUCAAUCGUGAUCAAUUUCUUCAGCGUGUUUUGUUUAACUUCUAUUUAUAUUGUGCUUUUCUUUAUCCCUUAAUACAGAAUUCUCUUCGACAUUGGCUAGUACGAUUUGAUUUAACUAUGUUUAUUGGAUA